UUCAGUGUUUGUUUUGCCUGUCUCGUCUUUAAAUUUUAGACGUAGAGUCAGUGCUAGACAGCUAGCGAUAGUUGGCUAACAUCAGUCCUAGCAGCAGGAGGUAGCCAAGGGCAGAGUCAUGGUGGUGAAGAAGAAGACAGCCAAAGUGGAGGCUGUGGUUUUGGAUGAGGACAAACUGCACAAGCUGAUAGCAUCCCUCUCUAUUGAUGGAGGAGAGGAUGGAGUCAGGCAGCUUGCCCACACCCUGCAGUCCUGUUUGGAGUUGACAGAGCCAGUGCAGCAGAUCCAGCUGGUUAAAAAGGCGGGGUCACAGCUGGAGGUGCUGACUGAAGAACAGCCUGAUGAAGCUCUUUUAGAGGCUUGUCUACACACCCUGUCGCUGGUCUACACCUCUCUGCAAGCCAAGAACCCCCUACGACGUGCCGUUGCCAGUGCCUUAAGUUCAGUACCAGUGUGGCUACAAGAGCGAACCGUAAACAGUUUGUCUGCCUGCUUGUCCAACUGUGUGUCCAACCCAACUUCAGACCGAUAUCCACACAUCGUAGACACCAUCACUGCCUGUCUGGAUGGCUUCGCUCUUGGUGAGAGAUGUAUUAACAAACUGCUGCCAGAAGUGUUGCAGUUCCUUCACAAGGGAUUGAGUGAAUACCUCCAACAGAACAGUGGUCUAGCAGGACGUCACAUUGCCCAGGCCCAGCUGAUGCACUCAUGUCUGUCUGCGGUAAAGACAUCAAUGCUGGUGAUCCAGAGAUCCCAAGAGACCAUUAGCACUGCCCUGCAGGCUGAACAGAGGCCCUGCAAACUGGGCGACACACUGAGCUGCCUCCUGGGCUGCUACACACACAUCCUCACUGAUGAGGAUUUCAUCCAGUCUGUCCAGAGUACAGCGGGAAUGGCUGUAGUGUUGCUGAUCAGGUCUGUGAUGGGCUGUGGAGAUGAAGUUGCUUCUGUGGUGUGCAGUUUGCUGUGUAGCUCAGCUCAGGGUUUGGACUCAGCUCCUGACUGGUUAAAGCAGAGGUGUGAGGGUCUGUGUACAGGUGAUCGCCCACCGGGUGUCUCUCUGUAUCUGUGUCAUGGGGCUCUGGCCAUGUUGAGUUGGAAGGGUACUCUCCCAGGGCCACAGUGGGAAAAGCUGCUGCUUCUGGUCCCAAACACACUGCUGGAUCUAGAUGUCAGUAUAAAGGAGUCCAGUACAGCCAUGGUGGUGGCUCGGGUGCUGACCCUGUGGAGCAGUGCUGCCCUGGACUGCCUGCAGGGGGAGGGGCAGCCCUGCCCUCCCCACCUCCUGCAGUCCCUCAGUGGAGGUUCGGAGCUACAGCGUCAACUGCUGGAGCACAUCUACUCCCACUGGGAGCACCCACUGGAUGGAGUCCGCCACCAGACCCGCUCCCUGUUCCGCAACCUCCUCCUCCUUCAUCAGACCACCAACCCCUCCACCUGCAAUCCAACCAAGGACUCUUACAUCAGAGAGCUCACCCAAAGCCUGUUGGGACUGGAGUGGCAUAUGAGAGGGAAGUAUGGCUCUUUGGGCUGCCUUGUGGAGCUCUACGGGGCAGGAUACCUGCUUGACAUCCAGCCCCAGCUGCCUUCUUGCCUGCUGGGCCUGAUGGGAGACCAGACGCUUGCUCCUUAUGCCAGCGACCUGCUGGAGAGGCUCUUUGUCAGCCACAAGGCCCAGCUGGCCAGUGAGGCUGCAGCAGCAGACAAGACUGCUCCAGAGGAGUGGAUGGGGCGCUGGCACCAGACGUGGGUGACCCCUCUGCUACAGGUGCUGUGCCGUGCCAGACUGGACCAGACCACGUACAUCCUGGACUAUUUCCUGCCUAAGCUGCUACGCUGCAGCCCCUCCAGUCUGGCACACAUGGUGCAGGCUUUACAGGACACAACGCCAUGCAGCACAGGUCUUUCGGGCAGCAGGGGUGCACUUGGAGCUCUCAUGACGUGCCUGCGGGCAGCCAGGGCCCAGGGUGUUGUUCCAUCCUCAGAGGAGGGGCUGUGGGGAGGGCUGGUGCCCCUCUCCCUGCUCCAACAAGCACUGGUACACAAACAUGAUCAAGUGAGGAUGGACGCUUUGGGCUUAGUAUGUGAGAGUCAUCGCAGCACUGAAGUUCUGACCUCACAGGAAAUGGAUCUGAUCCGCCACUUCCUGCCACCUAAUCUGAACAGUCAGUCUCCAGGAGUCAGACAGCAGACAGUCAGCUUACUGAAGAAGUUGCUGUGUAGAAUGAAGGACAGCACUGUGCUGCUGCAGAAGAGGCUGAUCCAGGAGAGAGACCAGGAGCAGCGAGACAGAGACCAACACACGCUACAUCUGUACAAGGAGUUCCUGCGCUGGCUGUGUGUGAGUCUCCUGGAGGGUUUGCUUCCUGGAGCUUCCUUUUCUAAAUGCCUUAUGUCCCUCCACCUGUUGUGUCUGCUGGGCCAGCUCUUCACCUUCAGCACAGGGCCUGACGCGUUCGCCCUCGGUGAAGUUGUGACCUCUGCACAUGCUCAGAAUGUCCUCUACUGCAUCGCCAGCAACUUCCUGGAAGUCAAACAACUGGCCUCUGCGUUACUACGGCAACUCCCGCGAUCAGUUGUGGGACUACAGGUGCAGGAGAGGAUGCGUUGUGUCCUUCAGGCUGCUCUGGACCUCAGCACCAGCACCAGGCCUUUUGACAGCGUGUCGGCAUCUCACCUCCUCAACAUGCUGCUUCACCAGCCCGACCUGAGCCAGGCUCUGCUGCAGUGUGCGCAAAAGCAGGGUCUCGAUUUCCAGCCUCCCUCCCCACCGCCUCAGCCCUCUGAGGCCCUUAUGUUGGAACACAACACACUGGCUGUGGUUCAGUUCUUGCUGCACUGUCUGCAGUUAGAGGUGUCGAGAGCUGAGUCAUCUCUCUUGCAGGCAGCUGCUUCCUGUCCUCUCUAUGGCAGAGCCCACUGCAUCACUGCUGUCCUUCAGCAUCUCAACACUGAGACUUUGAGCCAAUCUGAGCAGUGGAGAUGUCUGGUGUCAGAGCUGAUCGCUGUGUGCUACAGGAUGUCUGAUGUGGUUUCCCCUGUUGUCCAGAGCUCGUCCCCAGAGGGUCUCAUCCCCAUGGAUACAGACUCAGACACGUCCGCAGGUCUGCAGAAGAUCCUGCAGGAGAUUCAACCCAGAGACACCAACGACUUCUUCACAAGUGCCAGAGAGCUGGACACACACCAGGAGGAUGAUCACACACAGAGCCAGACCACACACACACCGUCACUGGACACAGGCGGUGAGGGCUACAGGGUGACAGCCCAGAUGGUGCUGGUAUGUUGCUGGCGGAGCAUGAAGGAAGUGGCCAUGCUGCUUGGACAGCUGUGUCAGAGCCUGCCUCUGCACUACACCAAUGACAGCGCGCACACGCACGUUGGGCUCAUCACAGAAGAGCAGGUGGAGGGAGUCGGCCUGUACUUCCGUCAGCAGCUCCUGCAGUCCCGUCAUCGUGGCGCCUUUGAACUGGCUUAUGUGGGCUUUGUACGCCUCACCGACAUGCUGUGCAGGAGUGGAAGUCAGGCCCUGCAGCAGCUUCCGGCCCGCUGGCUGUCUGAGGUUCUAGAAGAGGUCAAAUCCAGCGACCCGUCAUCUAAGCUGUGUGCCACACGCCGCAGCGCUGGAAUACCCUUCUACAUCCAGGCUCUUCUCUCCUCUGAGCCCAAGUCAUCCAGUUGCAGCCUGUUGAAGAUGACCAUGAGGGAGCUGAUCACUUUAGCCAUGCCUUCUGUUGACAGGAACACCGACAGCUCCACUGUCCCUCAGGUCCACGCGCUGAACAUCCUCCGGGCUCUGUACAGAGACACUCGUCUGGGGGAAAACAUCAUUCCCUUUGUCUCAGACGGACUGCAGGCUGCUGUGCUGGGCUUCACCUCUCCUGUUUGGGCAGUGAGGAACUCCUCCACUCUCCUGUUCAGCACUCUGAUCACAAGGAUCUUUGGAGUGAAGAAAGGGAAGGACGAGCACUCAAAAAAGAACAGGAUGACAGGUCGAGAGUUUUUCACUCGCUUUCCAGCCCUCUAUCCGUUCCUCCUGAACCAGCUGGAGGAGGCUGCAGCCACGGUGGAAAGUGACAGUGGACAGGUGAAGCUGCACCCCAGUCUGUUCCUGCUGCUGCUGGUGCUCAGUCGGCUCUACCCCUCUCCCAUGGAUGGAUCUUCUUCACCUCUGGGACUGGCUCCCUUCAUGCCCUUCAUCAUGAGCUGUGUGUGUGUGUGUGUGUUCUUCAGAUGCGGUCGCUCGGCAGUGUAUCGGACCAGAGAGAUGGCGGCUCGGGCCCUCGUCCCCUUUGUGCUCGUCACCCAGGUCCCAUCCACUGUCCAGGCAUUACUGCAGGAGCUUCCCCCUGAGCCCGGACCCAAAAUUCAGCACAACCACAUCCACGGGACUCUGCUGCAGGUGCUGUUUCUGCUGCGCUCCUACCAGACUGACUCACAUAGACCCCUGCCAGGAGGAAAUGGCAUCAGCAACGCCCUCCAUCAGCGCAUGUGGCUUGCCUCUCGACAGAAUGGCUGCGUGGUGACCAGAGGAGCCUUUCUGGAUGUGUUGGUGUGCCUGUGUGGGCCCAAGAUCAGUCUUCUGGAUGAUCCAGAAGUCGGUGAUCUCCGUCAGGAAGCUCUGUCCAUCCUGAUGGCCUCAGACCUCAUCAGCUCCGACGAUUCCUCCUCUGCCCUGGGGCCCGGCAGCACCCAGUACCUGCUCAGCCUGGCCCGGUUGGCCCUCAGCGCCGGUGUGGAGAUCCCUGACCUCUGGGGAGGCCCCCAGCUCUCGGGCCAGCUCCUUCAGUGUCUGCUGCGGUGCCCACAGUACGAGGUGAGGGAGCUGGCUCUGGAGGGGAUCCUGAGGAGGCUGCAGGAGGAGGAGGAGGAGGAGGAGGAGGAGGAGGAGAAGAAGAAGAAGAGGAGACCUCAGUGGCUGGACGAGACCACCCUGUCUAACCUGACCAGCCUGGCUCUUCACGAGACACACCCCCAGUGUCUGGCCAAGGUCCUCUCGGUGCUGUGUGUGUUGAGCUCCAGCUGGGAACUCCGGUGGAGGGACGGCGUUCAGGCUUUGUCCCAGGAGGGGGUCCUGCUGCACCUUCUCGCUCUGGCUCAGAAAUCUGCUCACAGUGUGGAGCUCCACUGUGCUGCCCUGACCCUGGUCUCCCAACUGGUGGUUCAAAUGGUGGACUCUAACCCUCAGGGUGCGAGCGCAGUGGCUUGUUUAUCUCAGUGGGGAGCGCUAGUGUGCUCAUGCUGCAGCGAAGAUCAGCCGACAGAGGUGAAGCUGACCGCCGCCAAGGUGUUGGUCGACUGUGCGGCCACCGUGUUGAGCAGCCCUCAUCUGCCGCUGGGUCUGUCCACUACAGUGUCUCUGUGGAGGAGUCUCUUUCUGCUGCUGCAGGAUGAAGACCAGGAAGUGCGAGACUCAGCCUCUGACUUCAUGUCUGUACCAUCACCUCUGCUUGGCACAGAUGUGGCAGGUGUCUCCGUGUGUCCUCCAGUAGCCCUGGACUCGGGCGUGGGUCUCCUUUGUCGGCUGUUUGAGCAGUGGGGGCAGGUACCAGCGGGUGUCCUCGCUCUGACAGAGUGGCUGCUGGGAGAUGAAGAGAGCAACGAUGAGGCAGUAACAGACGAGGCAUCCACUCUGGAUGAAGAAGACUUCCUGUUCGAGAAGGGGGAACUGAACCUGUGGGCUGAGCCGGUCCAGUGGAUGAAGCUGCUUCAUAGACAACUUGGCUCCCUCCUCAUCACCUUCCAGCAGGUUACAGGCACCCUAGAUCCAGACCAGGUCCAACAAAUCCAAACGCUGUCAACUCAGGCCAAAGCCAAGGCUCUCAGCUCCCAGCAGGCUCUGGACUCCCUCCCAGCUCUGCCCCAGUUCUCCUGCACCAUGGAGCACGCCCGGCUGGUGCUGCGGCACCAGAGGGCCACUCUGGUUCUGGACGUGCUCGAGAGGCUGAGGUAGAGGAAACGGCAGUGCUUUGAAUUUUAGGGGAUACAUUCAUAAAUCGUCAUAUUAAAAGACAGGAACACUGACCCAAUGCAUGAGACCACAGACUGGCUUUGUGGUCAGGUCUUUUUAUUAUUGAAUCAAGGGAAUGAAGAAAACAAUUAGGUUUUUUACGCUGUACUUGUUACUUCGUCUUCGUCUAACCCUCAUUGAUUAAAAUGUGUUUUAAUUUUUCUGACUGUUCCUUGAUGUCUUUUCAAAUUAAAUGUUACAUCUAAACUUGA